CUCUCUCUCUCUCUCUCUCUCUCACACACACACACACAAACCAACAGAGUCACGCACACAGACACAGGCAGCUUUUAUUACAACCCUCCACAGCGAGAACAGGGAGUAAGACAGAGGGAGAGAGAAGAAUUCCUCCACUUGUUUCCCUGAGGUUCAGGAAGGAAUGGCGGCAAACGCCAGUACCCAGCCCCGGGUUCUGUUCCAGACCUCCGAGAAGGUGGAAGAGGAGACCUCCCAGCGCAAACUGGGCAAGCUGACGGUCAAGUACAACCGCAAGGAUCUGCAGAGGAGGCUGGAUAUUGAAGAGUGGAUUGAUGGGCAACUGCACCUGCUUUACGACUGCGAGGAGGAAGAGAUUCCAGAGUUGGAAAUUGACAUAGAUGAACUGAUUGAACUUCCAGAUGAAGAGCAGCGAGCCAAGCUUCAGGAGCUUCUACAGGAGUGCGGCAAACCCAAAGAGGACUUUAUCAAUGGACUGCUGUAUCGAAUGAAAGGAGUUCGAAAGAUGUCAACAACUCAGAGGAAGUGACCCUGAAGGACGUUGGGGAGUGACAGCACCUUUUCUAGUUGUCUGGAUUUUAGUAUGUAAAUAUGUUCUUAACAGAACUAAUGUCUGUACAGGAAACUGUUCACGCAACAAUGGGUCAAUAUUAGACUGGACGAAAAUGGACUUCUGGACUUAUUCUGAAAUCUAUUUAUAUACAUUUGGACUUUUUGAAUCGUGUGCAAAAAUGACACAGUACCAGUGUUUUUUUUUAAUUUUUUUUUUUAAUUUUGUGAACUAAAACAAAUAAAAAAAAACCAAACAGAUGACCACUUUAUCAAUCAAAUAUUUAUAGAACCUUCUUUGUGUACUUACCUGCAAUUUAUAUUCUGUGGUGUUCAGAAAUAUUCACGCCUUCUAAUAAUUCCAAUGUUAUUCACCUGAGUAUGUGCAAUAAAUAUUGGUUUUGAUUAAAUGUUUUAGUUCUGGGGUGGAAAUAUCGAGGUUCCUGGUCCAUAGCCCAGACCACUUAUGGUUCUGAAUACAAUACUAGAUCAAAGAGGGAGGUGAAAAGAAGACAAUCUUCAAGUAUUGAGCAGUUGAACUGGUCUGUUGAGAGGACAGGCAAAAGAUUUCCCCCAGACUUUUCAUAAAGGCUUUUGAUGCCGCAGCAAGAAAAUGCAGGAAAAGCUGCUCACUUUUAUUAUUUGCCAACACAAAAUAAACAAACAGGUUCAGGCAUUUAAAGGGGUGACAAAGCUUUCCCUGCUCUCCAUCAGUUGAACUUCUGUCUUACUUUAACACACGGCUUGGAAACAGUAUGCUUUGGUAGCAUUUGUCAGUGCUGAAACCUCUUACUUAACGAAAGUCAUCCAACAGCCUAUAUAUGACACAUUAGACUUUCAUUUGUUAAUUGAUGAUUAAUUAACUAAGCAGUUAAGGACUUCCUUCUUGUGCUCCGCAUGCUCAAAUGAUUGGGGACUUCCAGCACACGCUUAAACAAUAAUUACAACACAAAUUAAACAGUAACAAAACACAACACUAUUUCCAACAGGAAACCUAUUUUACAGGGGGGUAGGCAGCUUGGUACAAGUCCCAUACAACUAGUGCACAGACUAUCGGACCACUGCCUCCUCAAGCCUGUGACCUGUGAUACGAGACGGAGGACCAUUAACCCUUUCACUGUUCUAUGAAAAGUCAGAGAGGAGCAAACCCAAUUUUAAUAAAGAUGAAUGGGAGUCACUUUUUCAUUACACAGAUAUGUUAUUGAAAGUAACUUGGGUAUGGGUAUUUGUAAAGGCUUGACAAAAGCGUCAAAAAGGCAGGAAAUCAGAUGACCAUUGAAAUAACAAUUUAACAAAAAUAAAGCAAACCAAAUGGUUUUUAACAAAUAAGAACAAUACAGCUGGACUUUUAGCAGCAACCCACUAGCAGUUCUUCCCAAGCCCCAACCUCUACAGGACUCAACAUACAGGCUAGUGGUAGCCUUUAAUAUCCAUCAUCCAUGAUGCCAAAUUAAACAAUUCCGUGAUUGAUUGGCCCUCCAUUCUAGCUACAUUCUCACAUGGCUGAUAUGGAGGGAGCCAGAAACCAAGUUACAUGCAGGGCCAGAGAUGUUUUCCUUAUUCCUGCUAAACUAGAAUAAAAUAAAACAACAAUAUGAUAGGGGACAACUCAUCCCACCACCCUGAGGAAGUCACUUAACCUCCUUGUGCUCCGUCUUUUUGUAAGUGACUCUGCAGCUGAUGCAUAGUUCACACACCCUAGUCUCUGUAAGUCACCUUGGAUAAAGGCGUCUGCUAAAUAAACAAAUAAUAAUAAUAAUAACCACAGUAUUAAAUAUAAAAUGAUCUUAUCUAAUAAUAUUCAUGUUUAGAUUCACUUUGUAUAAUUUUCUUUUUCAGUCAUCGCUAGGGUAACCAUAUGACUCCAUGCUCACUGGGACAAUUUGGGACAGUUCAGGCUUUCUAACUCACACCCCAAUGCAUUCUGGUAAGUGCAGUCCUGCUUCUCUUAAAGAAAAGAAACAAGUGAAAGGUACCUGAGACAGUAACACGUACCAGACUGCAUUGCAAUGUGAGUUGAAAAGCCUGGACUGUCCCAAACUGUCCCCGUGAACAUGGUGUCAUAUGGUAACCCUAGUCAUCACGUCCUGGUGACUGUUAAAACAAAGUUUUACAAGUUUAAAACAAGCCUGUUGGCCUCAAUAUAGCUCUCAGAAUCAGGUCAAACUUCCAAGUGUGUGUGUGGUACACAAGAGUGUAGCAAUUAACCUGUCCCCCUGCAACACUGCCCUUAGUGGAUGUGAGGAGUACCACAUGUAUUCUCUGAUUUGAUUCUUAUGAACACAAAGAUACAUUAGUUAAGAAAACUAAUACCAAGUUGCUCCUUAAGUAUUUAAUAACCUGGUAAAAGUGCAUUCAGCUCUCUGAAUGAUUGAUUGAGAAUAUGGUAUAGCCAACACUGGAUUUUAUAAUGAACAAUAACAUAUAUAUAUUUUUAUUUUCUAUUUACUUGAAGAAAAACAUCUUUACAAUCAAUAACAUGUGUUUUACAGCUUUGCCAGAAACAAACUGAAUUCCAGGUUCACAUACCAGUAAUGAUAAGGGUUCAACACAAAUCCCAGACACCUGCAAGUGGGAUACAAGGAAGUGUUGAAGUUCAAUCAGUUUGUUUCUUUUAGUGUUACUGUAUGUACUACCCUAGAUUAGUUUAUAUUUAUGAUUGACCCUCAGAUACUUGAAUACAUCUGCUUUCAUUUUGCUCUCUUCUGUCAUCUUGCUUUAGUGAUAGUUUUUUUUUUUUUAACUAACUGAGAUUUGUUCCAUUUGAUAAAAUCAAAAUAGUUGUGUAUGGGGCUACAUCUACAGCAACUGAUGAUGCAUAUUGAUAACGAGGCACCUGUGGGUUCAUAACGAUAAAACAUUCAAUGGUAGAAUAUAUAGGAAUAAUAAAAGAAACUCUUACAGACGUUUUGAUAAGAAGAUGAAAACGUUAUUUUAGUAUUACUACAUACAUCCCGGGAGAUAAUUGUUUCACUCCGGUCACUUUGUUAUCCACCGCUGGGGAUGAAAUCCCUUUCGAAGUGAAUAUAGUGGAGGCAGUCGUAACAUACAUGUAUGGACAAACAGACAGACAGACAAACAAGUAUGUAUGUCACACUUCAUAAUAUCUAAAGACCUGCUUAUCCAAUUAUGCUUAAACAGUUCAAUACUAAUUUGUAUUCUAUACUAUUCUGUACAGCAUAUAAUAUAUACAGCCAGGGUGAAGGAUUUAUGUUACUGACAUACUUGUUUUAAGGAGCAUUUUUGUUGGUUUAUCUUAAACUGCAGAACUAUGCUCAACACUGGCUGGAGCAAGUGGUGGUUUCUAGCCCAGCUUCAUAGAAGCAUUCUGUGCUGAUAAUCAUGAGGUUUGAAUGCUCUUAACUUGAGAAAUCCUCAUGAAGGUGAACUUCCCCUUGUCAAUGAACAGUGCGAGACAGACACAAGACAACCUCUGUAUCUGUGUAUCAUGUGCUGUUCGGACAGCUUCAGAAUAGCACAGCAUGGUAGCACCAGCCACCUCUUGUCUAGUUCUGCUGUAAACAAGGCCAUUCUAGCAAGCACUGGAUUUGCCUGAGGCUGCACAUUAAUGUGAACUAUGUUGCUAUUUGUAUGCGUUUGGCUGUAAAACUCUAAAUAUGUGACCACGUAAUCCCCACCCUAUGGAGCUUUAGUAACUGCUGUGCAAGAAACUGUAAAACAUUAGCUUUAUAUAGUUACACAACACCAGACAGUAAAAAUGACGGGCAUGUUGAUGAUUAUGACAAUAUCCCAAUUAAAUAAACUAAUUAUAAAAGGGCUUUGUGCCUUGUACUGUUUUGCAAUGUAAUUUUAGAGCUAAUGUUUAUUCCUUUAUACUUAUAUGACCGUAGUUGCUUCAGAAAAAAACAAACAUCUUAUAUUUAAGAUGUUUGAUAUUUCUGAGAUAUGUCAUGAGUUAACCUUUGAUCUUUAUCCUUUCUGAUUUGCUAUCAUUCCAAAAGCAUGAACUAGAUUCUGUAGGUUUUAUUAAUGCCAUGACAGGUUGAAUAUGCAACAUUGUGAGUCUUUAAAGGCCCCUGAUUAAUAUUGUAGUGCUGUAUUAAAUCCUGUAAGACAGGGGCUCAAAGUGCGUCAUGUUUUCUGUGAGACAAUAAAGCUCAGAACUCCAGUAACAA